AUGAAAGUAGAGGUGAAACUAUCUGAACCUCUGCCUCGUGUUGUUGAGUUCGUAAGGCAGAGCGGUGAAGUGGUGGAAGUACAAGUGGACUACCCUUGGGUUCCUCCUACUUGUGCUCACUGCAAUGAGUUAGGACAUAUCUCUCGUAAUUGUCUCCUUCUGCCUGCUCCGCCGCUAGGAGCCGCCUUUCCAAGCUCAAAAGUAUUAAAAAAGGCUGCUCCCAAAGCUGUCUCCAAAGACAAAGUUUAUGUUCCUGUUGCUACUCUUCCGGUGGUCCCUGCUGGAACUCUACCUUCACCCUCCUCCUCUGCUCCUCCCCUACCAUGUCCGCCUCCUCCCCCUGUUGCUCCUGUCACUGCAGCCCCUCCCCUCCAUCACCUCGAUCCUUCCCCUUCAAAAAACCCUCCUCCUCUACCCUCCUCCCCUUUGAUCUCUGAUAGCUCUCCUCCCUUAACCUUCACCUCUCCUGGUGAUUUUUUAUUCCCUAUCAGCCCUCCUGCAACCACAGAAAAACAAUCAUUACAAAGAUCAAAAUCCAUUCCUAGCCUUCACUCUUUUCCUUCAUUCAUGAGCCAACUUGCCUAUUUUUCUUCCCUUCCACCUCUAACCUCAAACACUCUCCCUACCAAAGAAAAUUGCCCCAUAAAAAAUACUUCACCCGACCCCCCCUCCAUACCCAUUUCCAACCCUUUUGAUCACUUGGCUACUGAGAGUGCUCUUCAUUCUGAAGAGCCUCAAAAUCUUUAA